AUGGAUGGGUCUACCACGAUUAAGCCCGAAAUGCUCACUUCGAGUUAUAAAGAAGUGUCUUCUGAUGCUAAGAAAGCUAUGUGUGCUGCUAAGCUUGCUGAACUUGCUCUUGCUGACCCAAAGAUGGCAAAAAGGUUACGCUUCUUCUCUAUGAGUAAUGAACCACAACUUUCAUCUAACGUUGUCAUAGCGAGGGAAGAUCUAGAGGUUAUGGAAUUGUUGGAGUUCUUGAGGAAGAACUACGGUGAGAAAGGGUAUACAGUUGUGCAUUUGCGGUGUCCCGAUCGGCCUAAGUUGUUGUUUGAUACAGCUUGUACACUUACUGAUAUGCAAUAUGUGGUAUAUCAUGCCACUAUUAUUGUUGAAGGAGUUGAAGCUUCUCAGGAAUUAUACAUCCGUCAUAAAAACGGAUGUCCAAUCAGCCCAGAAGCCGAGAGGGAAUGUGUAAUCCAUUGCCCUGAGGCAGCGAUCAAGAGUUUUGGCUACCGAUUGUUGGCGUUGUGA